UAUCUGUUAUAACUCCAGAUUGGGUGCGACACAAAGGGAAUGGAAAAAAAAUUCUGGUUAAAUUCGUUCUAAGGCCCUAAAACUCUCUUAUCUUUUCAAUUUGAUCCCUCUUCAAUUUUUAAAUUUCUUUUUCUUUUUUUCCAAGUUAUUCUAGGAUUUCGAGGUUUCGGCAUCAGCUGACCUUGUAUUUUUCAUGUAAUUGAGGCACAUUUUGAAAGUGGUAAAUUUUAUUAGCUGGAGGGAAGUAAAAUUUGACUAUUGGAUUAAAAAUUAUUUAUUUUCUAAAUACCAAAUUGGUAGACUUAAAAUACUUUAGGGCUAAUUAUGCACUUAACCCAAAAUAUAACGACCAAGUGAAGCCGGGAGCUGGGGCUUUUGCGCCUUCGAAUUUGUAUAUCAACCUGCAAUUGCUAAACAGGAAGAAGAAAAACUGAGAAAACAAAGCAAGGAAGCAAGAAAGAGAUAAAAGAAAUGGGAUGGAUCGGAGACACCGUAGACUCCAUCAAAUCAAUUCAGAUCCGGCAGCUCCUCACUCAGGCCGUCAGUCUUGGUAUGAUCGUUACAUCAGCCCUUAUAAUAUGGAAGGCAUUGAUGUGCAUCACUGGCAGUGAAUCUCCUGUUGUGGUUGUUCUUUCUGGAAGUAUGGAACCUGGCUUCAAGAGAGGUGAUAUUUUGUUCUUGCACAUGAGUAAAGAUCCUAUUCGUGCAGGGGAGAUUGUUGUUUUUAAUGUUGAUGGCCGUGAAAUCCCAAUUGUCCAUCGUGUAAUUAAGGUCCAUGAAAGGCAAGAUACUGGAGAAGUUGAUGUCCUCACCAAAGGAGACAACAAUUAUGGGGAUGACAGGCUUUUAUAUGCUCAAGGUCAGCAAUGGCUUCAUCGGCACCAUAUCAUGGGCAGAGCUGUGGGGUUCUUGCCUUAUGUUGGUUGGGUAACCAUAAUCAUGACUGAAAAACCAAUUAUCAAGUAUAUUCUGAUUGGAGCAUUGGGGUUGCUUGUUAUAACUUCUAAAGACUGAACAGAAAUUUGAAGGGUUGGCCAAAUCUACAAGGAAAUCCUCCUACAAUCGCCAACGCUUCUACCCUCUCCUUGGUAUCGGCCAUUUCUUGCUUUUUUAUACACAGAACAAAAAUUACGAUUCGAUAAUUUAUGGCAGAAGGAAGUGUAGUGAAGUAGGAUUCAGCAACUGUGGUUUUACUCUGCAUUUUUAUAUAUCGGAUUUUCAGCUGUGGAUCGCAUGUUCCUGAAAUGUUGAAACUGAUUUUUUUUUUUUUUUUUGAAAGAAUGAAGCUGAUCUUUAUAGAA